AUGGCGUCGGAAGCCAUCCGUCCUAGGGGCAGACCAGCCCGUAAGUUUGUAUAUAUCUUGACCUUCAGUAUGGACGGUGUAGCUGAUUUGGGAACAAAUUUAGAUACCCCCGGGACCACAGUGUUGGCAUACACCCCGAACGGCCGUCGCAUUAUCACUGGUGGCUCUAACUCCGCGAUUCGAAUUUACACUGUUGGGCAAGAUGGCGAACCAAAGACUGUUGACGAGGGCAUUGAUGGACACAUGGGAAUCGGUGCUACAAAUGAGUCGUUCAUCAUGGGAGCGGAGGAUGGUACCGUCUGGCAGUAUGAGAUUGAGUCUGGUCGAAUGGAAAACUUGCUUGUUCGAUGUGCGUUACCCGUGCGAGAUAUAGCGGUCUCAAAUGAUGGUGAAUGGGCUGCAGUAGCAAGCGAUGAACUCACGGUGAAGAUCGUCAAAAUUGAGGAUAUGACCAAAGUUAAGUAUCUUCGGGACCAAUCUAAGGGGACGAAACAUGUUACCUUCGACCCAAGUGGGCGGUAUAUUGCGGUAUCGUGUACAGACGGUAUAUUGUACAUCUAUUCAUUGCUCGCCGAGGAGCCGGAACUCGUACAGAAGCUUGAUGGGGCUAUCCGGAGGCUUGAGCCUGAGGACGAAGCGACAUCGAGGGUCGUGUGGCAUCCAGAUGGGACGGCAUUUGCAGCUGCAGAAGCCACCAGGGAUAUUGCAAUUUUCUCCACGAGCGAGUGGAAGAAGGAGAAGGUCUUCUCUGGCGGCCACAAUGGCGAUGUUACAGCAAUCAGCUGGUCCCCGAAUGGCGCACUUCUGGCGACUGCUGGUGCGGAUGGUCAAGUCUUGUUAUGGGAAACUAAGACACAAAAGGUACUACAGAGAUACGAUUUUCCGAACGUCAUUAAUCUUGCCUGGCACCCUUCUAAUAACUCUUUAUCGUUCACAACGUCGGAUGGAGAGCUAUUCAUAUAUGAUGGGGUUGUCUCAAACGAACAGCAGCCGUUGCUCCAGAAGCCACUUCAGGCUGCGCCUAUCUUUCCAGGGCAUUUAGCAGAGAUAUCUGAUAACGUGAGACGACCAUUGACGAACAGGCCGAAGGAGUCUAUCGAGCGGCGAGCAGGUACUCCUGACUCUCUUGAUGAUAUCCUUGGCUCCGACCAGGGGAUGGAGGAUUUUGUCGAUGAUGAUGAUGGCGCUGGAUACGCGGAAGGCGUUAAUGCAUUUGGCAAGCGGACAAAUCAACAUUUGGACGAGAUCGAUGGCCAUGCUGAGAAGCGGCUAUUGACCUCUUACUCUAAACCUAGAAUCCACCCAUCGCUUCAGCCUGGCAGUACACCAUGGCGAGGUAACAGACGGUAUCUCUGCCUAAAUCUGACGGGCUGUGUUUGGACCGUUGACCAAGAGACCCAUAAUACGGUGACUGUGGAAUUUUACGAUCGAGAACUCCACCGUGACUUCCACUUUACCGAUCCGUACCUCUACGAUCGCGCGUGUCUCAAUGAGCAUGGAACUCUCUUCUCCAACAACCCUACUGAUGGUAAACCUGCCACAAUAUUCUAUCGUCCCCAUGAAACAUGGACCACGCGAGCGGACUGGCGGACACAACUGCCCAGGGGAGAACUCAUCAGAGCGUUGGCACUCAGUGAUUCCUAUAUCGUCGUCGUAACGACAAAAGAUUAUGUCCGUGUUUAUACAUUAUUUGGGACACCGUUCAAGGUGUACAGGCAGAAGAGCCCAGCGGUGGCAUGCGUCGCAUGGAGGGACUAUGUUAUGACUAUUGGGAACGGGCCUGUAGGAAGCGACGGCCGCACAGCAACAUUGCGGUAUUCUGUCGAGAAUGUGAAACGGGAUGAAAUUUGUCAAAAUGAGGAUGUGGUAGCACUUCCCGAAGGCGCAGAACUGCAGAGUGUUUUCUUCUCAGACACAGGGGACCCAUGUAUUUACGAUUCUGAAGGUGUCCUUCUUAUUCUGCAGCACUGGCGUAACCCUGGCCAAGCUCGCUGGGUUCCACUCCUCGAUACCACGCAAAUGGAGCGAGUUGCAAGCGGUCGCAAAGAGGAAACGUAUUGGCCUGUUGCAGUUGCACAGGACAAGUUUCAUUGUAUCAUUCUGAAAGGAGGCGAUAAAUACCCAUACUUCCCUCGCCCAUUGCUCAGUGAAUUCGACUUCCGGAUUCCAAUAUCUGAGAGGCCAGGAAAAGGAGUCGGGAAACAAGGAGAAGGGCUUGCACAGAGUGAUGAUGGGAAAUUUGAAGAAGCCUUCAUUCGCGGCAGCGUUAUGCUUUCACUCUUUCAGGAUCUUCUAGGAUCUACAAAUGCCACGUCGACUCAGCGUGCCGAGUUGGCUAGGAAAGAGCUCGAAUUGGAUAAAAUCCUCUUGCAAAUGUUAGCUGUUGAAUGCCGAGAAGGAGAAGAGCGGGGCAUGAAGGCUUUGGAGUUAGUCCAAAUGAUGAAGGAUCGCAAUGGCAAGAUGACUGAGGCUGCCGUCAAGGUCGCAGAGCGAUACGGCCGAGGCGUGCUAGAAGACAAGAUCCGGGAGUUGGCGGAGAAAAGGUACUUGGGGGAAGGCGACGACGAUGAACUAGCUUGA